AUGGGAGUGAUAAUGGUGGCCGGACAUGAAAUAGCUCUCAAAGACCAACGCUCUCCUAUGGGGUUCCUGAGUACAGGUGACCAGGCAGCCAAAGGGAAUUAUGGUUUGCUGGACCAGAUCCAGGCUCUGCGUUGGACGAGUGAGAACAUCGCAGCCUUUGGCGGCGAUCCGUUACGGAUCACCGUGUUUGGCUCAGGCGCUGGAGCUUCCUGUGUCAACCUGCUCACGCUGUCUCACUACUCGGAGGGCAACCGGUGGAGCAACUCCACCAAAGGCUUGUUCCAGAGGGCCAUCGCCCAGAGCGGCACAGCCUUGUCCAGCUGGGCCGUCAGUUUUCAGCCUGCUAAAUAUGCCCGGAUGUUGGCCCGUAAGGUGGGCUGUAACCUGGAGGACACCGUGGAGCUUGUGAGUUGCCUGCAGAGAAAACAUUACAAGGAGCUGGUGGAUCAAGACAUCCAACCAGCCCGCUACCACAUUGCCUUUGGGCCUGUUAUCGAUGGAGACGUUAUACCUGACGACCCUCAGAUACUCAUGGAGCAAGGUGAAUUCCUCAACUAUGAUAUUAUGCUGGGGGUGAACCAGGGCGAGGGCCUCAAGUUUGUGGAGCUUAUCGUGGACAACGAAAAUGGCGUGCAGGCUAAUGACUUUGACUACGCCGUGUCCAGCUUUGUGGACGACCUCUAUGGCUACCCAGAGGGUAAAGAUAUCCUACGGGAGACCAUCAAGUUCAUGUACACCGACUGGGCUGACAGGCACAACCCAGAGACUCGCCGCAAGACACUGCUUGCCCUGUUCACCGAUCACCAGUGGGUGGCGCCAGCUGUUGCCACGGCUGACCUCCAUUCCAGCUUUGGGUCACCAACAUAUUUCUACGCCUUCUACCAUCACUGUCAGACAGAACAGGUACCACCGUGGGCAGACGCAGCACACGGAGAUGAGAUCCCGUAUGUGUUUGGCUUGCCGAUGAUUGGGCCGACCGAGCUGUUUCCCUGCAACUUCUCCAAAAACGACGUGAUGCUCAGCGCCGUGGUCAUGACCUACUGGACGAACUUUGCCAAGACAGGGGAUCCAAACCAGCCGGUUCCUCAGGACACCAAGUUCAUCCACACCAAGCCCAAUCGCUUUGAAGAAGUGGCAUGGACACGCUACAACCAGAAAGAUCAGCUUUACCUGCACAUUGGCCUGAAACCCCGGGUCAAGGAGCACUACCGUGCCAAUAAGGUCAACUUGUGGUUGGAGCUGGUUCCUCAUCUGCACAGUCUCAACGAGGUCACUCAGCUCAUUCCCACCACCACCAAGAUCCCUCCACCAGAGGUAACCAACCGUACACCAAAGACCAAGGUUCCGGUGACCAAACGCCCUAACCCGACUCCGUUCCCCACUGAGAGCCAGGACAGCCGCAACCAGCCACACCUGGUGGACCAGCGCGAUUACUCCACUGAGCUGUCAGUGACCAUCGCAGUGGGAGCCUCCCUACUCUUCCUCAACAUCCUGGCCUUUGCUGCUCUGUACUACAAGAAGGACAAGCGUCGGCAUGAUGUUCAUAGGCGCUGCAGCCCCCAGCGUAAUGCAGCCAAUGACCUGGCCCACACUCAGGAGGAGGAGAUCAUGUCCCUGCAGAUGAAGCAGCACUCUGACCUGGACCGGGACUGCAGGGGAGUGGGCGACACCCUGCACCCUCACGAUGUGGUGCUGAGGACUGCCUGCCCGCCGGACUACACUCUGGCCAUGAGGCGCUCACCGGACGACAUCCCGCUCAUGACGCCGAACACCAUAACCAUGAUCCCCAGCACCAUGGGGGGGCUUACCUCGCUCCACUCUUUCAACACCUUCCCAAGCAGCGGGCAGAAUAACACCCUGCCCCACCCACACUCACACUCUACCACCCGGGUAUAGCCCUGUGGAUGUACCCAUGCAGGUAGGACUCUGAUGGCGGAAGCAAAAAGCAAAUGCGGCUGUUGCUCCUGCAGCAGAGACUUAAGGCCAACACGGUGACAAACAGAUAUGUCAGGAGCUGAAACGCCAGCCUGGAGUUGCUAGACACCCAUGGAUUUACAGUGGGAUUGUACGACACCCUGUUAAUACCUGAGGGAAUAUAGUCAUGGGAUUUCUGGGGAUUUGGACCAGAGGAAAAAAAAAAAGAAUAAUUAUGUUUUUGUAGAAAAAUAUAAAGACAAGAAGAAAAAAGUACAAAUAAGGAGUUUAAGAAAAACAACCUCACAAGCUAAAACAAAAAGGAUGAUUUUUUUAUUAUUAAUAUUAUUAUUUUUGUUCUGAUAUUGGAGCAAAACAAGGUACAGUCAACUAUUUUUUUCUUUCUAGUGACAGAUAUGGCCUUCGGGAUCUUUUGACAAAUGACUGCUUGACAGUAUUAUCUGGGAGCAGAGCAGGGCAUCAGAGGCGCCUCGGAGGUGAGAAGAGCACUUUGUAAAAGAAAGAAAACAUAUUGUUUUCCUUUGGCGCCGUUUGUGGGGCACACAGUAGAUGCCGCGCAAACCAAUUUAGGCAUGUGUUAACUUCAUAAAUGGAGGCUAUGUAAGAUAAGACAAAAACAAUUGUUGAAAGGAGCGAAUGAAGGACUGAAAAAAUCAAGGAAAUAAGAAACCCUGUAUGCACAAUGGAAUCAUUUUGAGGAAAAAAAUGUCACUGAUACUUUUCAUCCAUUUAUUUUUGAGGAUCGGGAACAACUUUAUUGUAUAGAACCUAUUUACAUAUCUAGAUCUGUACACUAAGCACCAAGGCUGUUUAAGCCCUCUUCUCUUUUGGGGGGGGGCAUCUGACUGAACCAGUGGGGCGUGGGGAUCCACCUACUGGCUUUCUGGCAGUUCCAACUUCAACACCGAGAGCUGGGGGACAAAGGAUAAUUGGAUAUUUUAGCACGAUGCGCAUGACAAUUUAUCUGCUUGAUGGCUGCUCUGCUGAUUAUGUCAUUAUUAAGAAUAAUUUUCACCCUCUCCCUUGCAUUGGAGUAAUUUCAGACGGAUUUCCUGAUUGGAUUACAGGAAAACACACACCCUCACAGGACCGUGGGAAACGCAGCUCCGGGUUGUGGAUGUUGUGGGCUGGAAUCGGGGACAGGAAUGGGAGGGGCUGGGGAUAUGGUAAAACUUUCUUGCAUAACAUAAUAUAGCUUGAGUGGAGCUGGGCAUAUAAGGACUAGUUUUGUACUCUGUGUGUUGGUACUACUUUUUGAUAGUGUUCAAAUCACAUUACACUGUAUCAAUCAAAGUCAUUGUACCUUCAGUUAAAAUCAGUGUUAUUUGCUAUUGUACCUAUUGGACCACUUUACCGUAUAGAAGUAAUUACCUGCACUGUUUAUUCCAUUACCCAUUUUUUUUUUUUUCCUUUUCUUAAACUGGGAGGUAUGUUGAUUGAGUGUUUGAUAUGAGAAAAUGAAGGGUGACAGUAGUGGAAAAAAAAAUAUGGUGGAUGAGUGAAUCUCUGGUGUGCGUAGCUUUUUCCCCCCCUUCAUCCAGUCACCUUCUUUAGUGUUUAAACAUGAAUUCCUAUACAUGACUGAAACAAGUCAGAGGCCAAGCACAGAUCUCAACGGGUGGAUCUCUGUGGAAAUGCACAGCAGGUGGAUGGAAGGAGGAGCUUGCGUCAGGACAGGUCAAAUCCCAUGAUGUGCUUUUUAUGUAGUUUGCAUUGUUACCCAGGGUUGAUCACUUUUUGGAGGCACAUUGUGUUAUGAGAAGGAAGUAAACAGGCUUCCUAGAGCAGCUGAGACCCACAGUCAUCCCUCUUUACCUCACUUUAAGGAGAUACUUAUUUUCUUUUAUUUGGCUCCACUCUUUUUCUACUAGAUAUUCUCUUCUGUCUCAUCUUUUACCCUGAGCUGACAGGCUGGGCUGUUUAGCUAAACGGUUUCCCCUUUGCAUUCACACCACCUUCAGCCUGUCAGCCAUUGCUAACAUCUUUAGGUCAGUGAAGCCUGGGCAGCUAACAGUGUUAGCCCCUGGAAUGGGGAUGUGUCAUACAGCGAAGCAGGCCGCAGGAGGAUCCAGUUGCUUAAGAGGUCGGAGUUGUUGCAGGGGUAAAGUGGUGAUUUUUAGAACAGACAGAGAGGAGAAUAUCCAGGAUGGCAAGCCUAUUGUGCUCUGAUACAGAAAUCUGCACGCUGGCGCAGAUAUGAUACUUGGUGAGCUGAAACGCUUGUCUCCCUGUUUCCUCUUCACCAAAGUGUAGAUGUGUGGAGGGCUCAGUUGUGAGAAUACAUCCAGUCCCUUUUGGCUCACUCACAACACUGUGCAGUCAUUCAAAAAUAAUGAGCGCAGACUACUGUUACCCCGUAUAAUACUGCAGCAGAAUAGAUGAGUGUGGGGGAUAAAGUCUAGUCUUUUAUAGGGAGUGUUUGUUUUUUGGGAUAAGAUUUAAAUUGAAUAAACUAAUUACAUCUGUUUGCUCCAGAUUGUUACUGCCAGGGCUUGAUCUGGGAUUUAAACAAAAGAAAGAUUCCAAGGCUAUUAUCACAAAUCAUCCUCAUGGGCCAGGGACUUUUUGGAUACCCAACAACAUUAAAGAAAAAAGUGUGAAUCUCAGAAUCAGGGAACAAUCCAUCUUGUGGGUCUGUUGAUACUCUACCAACAGCCUGCUAUCUUUUAGCUCUAGUGCUCAUUGUGCUAGUUUGUGAUCGGCAACACACAUGCAAACAUAUGGAAAUGAAAACAUGUGUGUAAACAUCCGAACACACAGCCAUCGGCUAGAUAAUUAGGCCUGGACUUACCAAGUGUUUAUAUAUCUAACCAAGAUGUUGUAUGUAGGCUAACGCCCUGAUUCCGUGCACUUGGACUCAAGAUUUAUUAGUCCCACAUAAAAAGCAACAUGACCUUGCUUUUGUAUCCAGGCCAGUGGCUGAAAUACAUUUCACAAGCUAUGGAAGGGAACCUUGGACAACAAUGAAAUACUGGUUUACACUGAGAAACUUCUAAGUGAUGAGAUAAUUUUUUUUGAAAAUGAAAAUUCCGUCAACACUAUCAGAUUUAAAGACCAAGAAUUCCUUAAUAGAUAGGCUGUCAUACAACAAGUCGUAGACUGUCAGUCUAAUGCAGCAUCUGGGACGCAAUCCUCAAGGUGACAGCAAAGGACUAGCAUGUCAUUCCCUGGAGAGCUGAAAACAAAGCAAAGCAAACUCUCACGUUAGGACAGGGGUAGCAAUUUGUAAUUUUGAAUAUUGAAACGUUCAUUACUGGCUUAUCCGAGCCAGCAAGCUACACAAAUGUUGGGGGCCAACCAGUAGUCGACCAUAUCGCUCAGCCAAGUCACAACAAGAACUCUGAUGAUGACCAACUCUAUUAGAGUGGCCAUCUUGAAAACACAAAAACAUUGUGCAGUCAAGAUUCCAGCAUUAGAGUAUUGUCUUUCAAAGCCACAGCCAACCACUACUCUACUUUGUUAACUCCAUUUGGGUCAAAGCCAUUAUGAGUCAUACCUUCAUUAUCAUUAUUAUGAUUAUGAUUAUUAAUAUUAUGUUGCACUUAAAUGCCUUCAUCAACCACUUCACAUUUGAAAUCUAGAAUUGCAUGGAGAGAGAAGUUAUAUAACUUGUCAGGUGUUGUCAGCCAACCAAUGUAGGUAUGUAUGAGUGCAUACAAUAUAUUAUCAUGGAAAAUGGAAAUUAGCUCUAAAUAAUUCAUCUAAAAAAAGAAUAAGGAAAUUGAACAUGGAUUGGGUUAGGUCAUUAGUGAGAACUGCUUUCCAGAUAAAUGGCAUAAGGAUAAAGCAAGGGCCACCCAUUGAAUUAAACAUGUAAUUGCACCAACUGGUAAAUAGUCAAGCUUUUGCAGAGCCAUGCUAAGUAGCUGAGAGCUGAGGACAGAUGCUAAUUAAAAACUUUACAUGGGCUCAGGGUUGCGGUGUAUGAGGAAAUAGAUUAAAUAGCUUUAACAUGCAUAUGAACUGACAGAGAGGAAACAUGGCAGAAGAAACACACGCUAAAGACAGCAUUACUUGUAUCACCGAAAACUAAAGAGUCGCAAAAAAACCCAGAAAUGAGGUUUAUGGGUUGAGCUAGCUGCACAAAUUGAGAGUCAGUUAAGGAAGAAUUUAGUCGAACAGAUUUGAUCGCUAACCACAGCACCCCAGGUGAUUGAGAAGAUGUGGAAUUAAAUCAUCCGCAGCACUAGGGGAGGAUAAAAAAGGAUUGUGAAAAACAAUUCACUGACCACAGACACAGAAUCCAGCUCCUUUAAUGAGACUUAAGAGCAUGAUAGCCAUUAGUGGUUGGUUAUGAUAGAUCGCCUGCAAGCGGAGUCAUGGCACACCGCCCCACUUAAGACGCUCACAUAAAUACAUAUACCACAUAUGAUCAUUCCAACCUAUUAACAUAAUAAAGCAUGGGCAAAAGCAUCUGACAUUCAACAUCUAAUGCGAUUUGCUGUCGGGCAGCCAUGUUGGGGGACAUAUAUGAUUUUUAUAAUUUCCUUUAUCUACAAAUGACUCAAACUGAAUAAUAUUACAACCAUAUUUUGUUUGCAUUAAAUACACACAUUUCUUCGCUACAGAUUUAGUUGUCAGCCAGAUGUCACUGUCCUCUCGCGGACACACACUUACACGAUCAGUUGGAUUUAGAUGUUGCCCUGUGAAGAUGAGUUUUAUUCAGUGUUUUCCUUCAAAGCAUUUAUUAUUUUGGCCUAAAGACCACGCAUUUCUUACCUCAUACACAUUCACCAAUUCUCUUUUACUGAAUUAGUGGUUGGAAACCAUCUUGCUUUAAUUUUCCUCUCCUGAAGUUUCAUGUUAAAAUGCCAAUUGAUAGGACCACAAGUUUUCAAAUGCUCCACAGGGCAUACCUUUAAUUUUGAUUUUCAUCAAACCUAAGCUCACUCAUAAUUUACAACAUAUGCUUCAGAGUAAGGGCUAGGACUUAACAGACUAGGGCUAACAAUAUAUCAUUAAUUCACUGUAACUGAAAGAAGUCUUAUUAAAUAAUAUUUCAAUAUUUAAUGAAAUAACUCAUUUAAAACCAUCAGCACCACAUAAUCUCAUGCUUUUCAUUUCAUUAGAUCUACAGACAAAUGUUGUUUCUGUGUAUAUAUUCCAAAAGACUACAUCCUCAUUCCAGGCAGUAGCAAAUAGGGUUUAGUGAUCAGUUUACUGUAUGGGUAUGGUAUGGCAAGGUCUUAAAUAUAUGACAUAGGAGCUGGACUGUAGUCAGCUCACUUCCCUCAAGAAAUCUUCAAAGAUUCUCUGUAUGAUGAAAUUAAAACGAGAUCGUACCACAAUCUCUCCCAAACGUCUGCGUCUGCAAAGUAACUGCUUGUGUAUCAUUUACAGAACAAAAUGCAGAGAGCAAACUGGAGCUUCACAUUAAAGAAUGAACUGGGAAAUAUGGCAAAUGCUUCUCUCGGCUGCCGUGAGCGAGCCUGUUUACAAAGUAUUCAGUGUUUCCCAGGACACUUUGAUUAGCACUUAGACCACCGCGCGACACUGAACCUCUCCCCUGAAACCCCGCUGCCUGCUGAAAUUCUUUUUUAACAGCUCUUUUAAAGGCAGGGCCACUCACCCACCUGCCCCUGUGACAGAGGAAACAUUAGGCCUUUAAACUGAGAACUAAUAACAAUAAAACAUGACUGGAUAGUUAAACGAGCAAAUAAAAUAUGAAAAGAAGCUCAAAUUUAAUUGCAGCUUUUAUACUGUUUAUAUGCUGUGGCAACUUUAACAGGGAACCUUACGGCUUUUAUUUUUUCACACCUUUUGUUUAAGUUCACUGGACCGUUAAAAACCAUAAUCACCCCUUUUCUCACCUUUUUUAAUGUAGUCUCUGGUUCAUGACUGGAUUAAUGUUUAAUAGAAUAUGACAAUUCUAAUAUUUCCUCAAGUCUCUGUGGUCAGGGAGUGUGUUUCGUUUUUUUUUGUGUUUGGUAAAACACUGGCAUAACUGCAAACUUUAAAAAAAAACACACCUGGCCAAAUUUUGUGUCGGCCCAUAACGAGUGCAUUUACAAUGUUUUUCUCCAUUGUCAUAAACUGAGGCUUGUGUACAUCUUACCGUUGUUUAAUUCUGCCAUGUGCCUAAUUUCUCUUUCUGUGUUCAGAUUUAUUUGAUUAUUCUGUUCAUUGUAUUUCUGUGCCAUGUGACACCUGGCUUGUCCUGAAUAAGACUUGAAUCUGGAUUCAUUCAUGUAAGAUAAUAGCCUGAGAACGCCCCCCGCAGAAGAGAACGACUCCCAUCCAGUGUCAAAGAGGGGAAAUCUGAACCAAUCCAGGUAGCAUUUCUUCAGUCAUUUCUGUUGAAUCCCAACACCAGUAUGUUUUAAACAAGACAGUACAGCAGGGUGAGUAUGAAUCCACACAGUUUGGGACUGAAGAUACUUAAGAAACCCUGUUCUAGGGGGACGCUUCACUUUUGUUCCAGUGUCAAUCUGCCCUGACCCUGUGGUCGACAGUCAGCCCGCUCUGCAGCGUGCCGGACAGACGUGGGAAAGGGGAGGAGCGAGGAGCACUGCGAAUGAAUGUAACGCAACGUGCCAUUUUCUAACCUCAAAUCGCAGCAGAAGUGAGAACAACCAGACCUCAGAUUCAUCCUGAGAGGUUUUUGCUAGCAGUCUGAAAACUUCAUGUGGAUUUGUUCUUUUGAAUGCCAUUUGAAACAGGGGACACUAUGUGAGCUGGUCUGGCAUUUGUAAUGUAGAUUAUUUGUCACUUGUCUUUCUUUCUGGUUAAAUAGUAAUUACUCUUCUGGAGCACAAUAAAUGAUUUUAAUAUGCU